AUGGAGCGGGUGACGUGGGAGGACCAGCUGGAUGGCGGCGAGGUGGGAGCGCUUGGGGGGCUGCGCACCGGUAGAGGAGAGGCCGAAAUGGGUGAGGCGGAGGAGCACCCCCUCUGGAGUAUCACCUCCAUGAACGGCGAAAAUAAAAAGUACCUGCUGAGGAGCUACGUGGAGAAGAUCCAGCGGAUGAGCCAGCAGAGGGGGAAGCCAAAGUACUACGACAUCCUGAGCAUCAGUAGCAACGCAGAUGGAAAAACGAUAAGGAGGAGUUACCUCCAACUCUCCAAGCUGUUUAGUGUCCACAAGAAGUUGUCCCUCGAGCACGAACAAGUUUAUCAUUACAUCCAAAAGGCCUAUCAAAUGUUGACAGAUAAAUUUGAAAAAUUCUACUACGAUGUGUUAAAUGGGUAUAUGCAUGAGUCUACCAUCGAGGCAUACAGGAGAGAGUUGCAACUGGAGGCAGAAGAAAUGUAUGCAAAUAAAAUGAACGAAGUGAAAAAUGUAUGUUUGGAAAAACUAAAGGAGGAGGAGGAAAAAAAGGGACUAGUCAUAGAAAAGGCAUUAUUUGGAAAUCUAACGUUAAAGGAGGAGCUUAUAAACCACUGCCUAACUAUGGAUGUCAUAAGAGAAAGUGAUUUGGAAGGUCCCUUUUUAGACCUUACAGCCAUUUUGCAGUCUCGAAUUGAAAACAGCUCUUUUUUAUUCAACGACGAAUAUUCUUUCGCCUAUUUCUGUGAUGUGCCCAAGCCGUUAAUUAAGAUUCCCUGUAGGGAGGAUGUACCCUACGCGGACAUUUUACAAAGCACAGAAAUGUACUUGUAUAUAAAAUAUAAAUUUUUAAAUACAGACCAUGAGCUCAUUGUGGUAGACAGGACAAGAUUCACCCUACCGCAGAGCUCCCAUCGGGUUUUUGGAAAUCACAUUUGCGGCCCCUUUUCUCCAGUUAACGUGAUUCGGAUGAAGCACCUCUCCAGUUCGCUGGUGGACUCCAUUUUCCACUUCUUCUCCAAGAACAAAUUUUACAUCACCCUCUUCACCACCAUUCUGCUCUGCGCGCAGUCGGUCAAGUCGGGGUAG